UCUCCCUCACACAAACAGACGAACACAUGGAGGCAGUACAUGUAUUUGACUGAACUUGUUCGCACCAGAGUUGAUGUUUCCGUUUUGCAAGAUGGCUUUUAAUUCUUGGUUGGAUAAGAUGCUAAUCAGUACAGCGCAUUGUUGUUCAAAAUGAUCGCACCGCUUGGGCGCAGUGUGCUGUACAACUCAAUUCCGGCGUGUUCCAGGACGAACAAGGCAAUAGGCAUGGCGGGUGGAGGAAGUGUUCCACAAACCGGUGCAGGGGGGCCUGCCACUAUUCCUCUCGGUCGAUUAAUUGAUUUCGUUUUGCAGCAGACCUACCACGAAUUGACCGUGUUAGCUGAACUUCUACCCCGCAAAUCGGAUAUGGAACGUAAAAUCGAGAUUACGACUUUUACGAACACAACGCGACAGCUCUUCGUGCGUCUUCUAGCAUUAGUGAAAUGGGCGGCCAGCGCAGGAAAGGUGGAGAAAUGCGCAUCCAUGGUAAAUUUUUUGGACAAGCAAAGUUUAUUGUUCAUUGAGGCCGCAGACAUGUUUGCGCUGCUUGCCAGAGAUACCCUCGUACAAGCACGAUUACCUAGUUUCCAUAUUCCGUGCGCUGCCGAGAUCUUGACUACAGGGACGUACUCGCGUUUGCCGACGUGUAUACGCGAUAAAAUUGUGCCCCCUGACCCGAUCUCUACAGAAGACAAGCGUUCCACACUUAAACAUCUCAAUCGUAUUAUUCAGUAUCGCCUCGUUUCUUCAGAGCUUCCUCCGCAGAUGAGCUCAAUAAAUAUUAAACGCGGACGCGUCAUAUUUCGUGUUGACAACGAGUUUGAAGUUAGCCUAACGCUGAUGGGGGACGGGCCGCAGGUGCCAUGGAGACUACUAUCCAUUAAUAUCCUCGUCGAAGAUAAGGACACUGGCGAUUGUCGAGCAUUGGUUCAUCCUUUGCAAAUCAACUAUAUCCACCAGCUGAUCCAGUCGCGCCUCGUAGAUCAUCCGAAGCCGCUACACGAACUAUUUGAAUGUCUUCAUUUCUUUUGCCUCAGUUUGCAACUCGAAGUAGUACAUUCCCAAAUUUUACGCCUGUGCCGCGAACGAUUGGGUGAUUCCGUUCGUAUUGAAGAGUACGUCCCAGGCAGUUCCCUCCGGUUACAUUUCUGGCGUGAGCAUAUCUCUUUGCUCGACCACCGGCCAUUCGUACUGAUGGUGCAUGUUGACGCAGAGCAGCCCUGUAAGCCUUUGCAGGUGUCGCACUCGCCGGAAAUUACUGAAAAAGCGGAGCAGAUUUGGGUCGAACCGUGUAUUCGAUCAGAGUUCCUUUCGAUCGAGAAACUGCUCAUUCAAACGAUACACAUUCGAUCACGUCAAAAGCUCGCCUAUUUGAAGGAAACUUAUCUGAAGGAAUUGCUGCCGGUAGGUGUUGAAUGCACCCUCUCUGGAAGUCCACCGCUGUUGCAAUUGCCUGUGGUACAUCCAUGUUCGUCGUCGGAACAUCUUGUUUUAACUGUGGACACACACACUGGAUAUAUCAUGGCAUUCGUGCCACAAUAUGAGCCGCCUAUGGUGACGGAAUUGCAGGACACUAUCAAUAACCUUGUUAAGGGGGCGCAACCUGCACUGAGAGCUCGCCUAGCUUCGGCAACCCUCAGCCUUAAAUUUUGGAUGACGUUGAAGCGAUGCAAAAAAACCGUGCAACAUUUACCCGUUCUUGCCAUGGACACGAAUCCGUUUGUGCAGGCACCGGAAGAGCACCGUAUCAAUCAACUAAGCAAGUACUCGUUGUUUGUCAAACUUUGCAAACAUGCCCACUACUACGUCAUCAUAGACCUCCAAGCUGAGAGACCUUCAGAUAACAUUGAAUUCCGUUAUUACCUCAUGAGCAUCACAAGCGACAAUCGUCUGAGCAGCUUUUACGAACUGGACGCCCAUUCAAUCGUACACGGUCCAUGCACUGAUGUUGAUAUCCUUACGUCGUCAACUUCAGUUAUAGGCUUGUCAAGUUCGAUUCAUAGCAGUUCAUCGAAUGCACUUAAGCGGCCUUCGAGCUCUCAGGAGAAACCGGUUUUAACGAAGAAGCCAAAGUGUUCAGAUUAUUUUUUUAGCGAUAUCGCUCAUAUUGUGGCCUUCUGCGAUGAUCGCUUACCAUUUUGUUCGCUCACUCGCGAAUUGGAAUCGCGGGGCAUCAGUCAUCGAGGUUUGCAGAUAGAAGGUGCUCAAACGAACUUUUGCGUCAACGUCGUACAAAUGCCACUAACCAGAGAUAAUGGGCUGUCAGAGGAGGUUGCUGGGGAGCUUCGUCAUUCCCUUCUAAGUUGUACUUUUCGCCUUCAGGUUAAAGGUAUUAAGGCAUGGCUAUGCAAACUGGUUUUUCACGACUGCCCGUUAACUACAAGCAACGUACGCGAACGAGGUGCCACAAGGCCCGUCUAUUUCAUGUACGAUUUUUCCCAGAAUAAUACGGCGGCCGUCGUUGAAGGAUGGUUAGCUGAUUGGGCUGUCGUGUGCAAACUUUAUGGGGUAGUGGCAAGGUACGUAAGUGACAUGAAGAAACCGAAGCAUGCACCAUUACUCGAGAUGUUUGAGGUACGAUCAUAUACUUACACGAGACUGACAUUAGCGUACGGAUCGGAAAAGAAUGAUACGGUCACUAUCUCAUGGUCGACAGUGGAGCGUCGUUUCCAACUUGUUUUUGGAGUAGUGGGCCCAUCAGUUAGCGCGACGAAUCCGCACGCCACUAUCGCACAUCAAUUAUCAUAUGAUUUCAACCAGCAUGAAAGUGUCAUCCAGUUGGUACAAGCCCUUCGAGAUACGUACCGGCCACUGUUGUCACUUUCACGUCUACCAUCGACUCCGCAACUGGGUGUGAUAAACUCGCGGCCGACCGUCCCUGUCCAAACCUUCGUAAUUAUCCCCCAGUCAUCGACUUGCUUCAAGCUGAUUUAUCGGGGGAAUUAUUGCCUGGAGGUGCAGUGUCGCAAGGAUGACGGUUGCGUUAUAAUUCGUGACGGUGCGUUCAGCCAUUUCGACAAGGGCCGGCACGUCGAGGAGUUUGUGCCGAUACCGGACUUGCGGGAUUUUCUGGGCAAAUUCACGGGCGGAUGUGAGGCACCACAGGAUACCGAGAAUCCUGUUUCACCGGUGGAACUAGAAAGUGUCGACGCGUUUCUCUCUCCAUCACAGGCAAAGGGCGCCGCCAGCUCGCCUGCAAGUAAUCGUUCGGCAACUGCAGACAAUGCCCUUCGUUUCCCACAACACCAUCCAAUGACACCACCAUCGAAUCCACAUACCCCUGCUUCGCCUCAUCCGUCGAUGCUGCAUUCGAAUUAUACCGCCUCACCUAAUUCGUCUUUUGUACACACUCCGUCAAACGUACCGCCUAGUAGUCCGUUGGCGCCUCCACCGUCAUCGCCAUACCCCGUUAACUCACCACAUAUGACAUCACCGUCACCGUCACCUGCACAGCAGCCACCCUCGCAACAAAGUUUUGCCACAGCCGCUGCUGCCAACGAUCCCACUUCACCGGCAUUCCCACUGUUGUCUGCUUCGCCUGCCAACGCAUGGCCAUCCUCCCCGGCUCCACCUCGUCCUUCACCACGACCAUUUCAACCAUCGCCAGGGGGACCGUCGCCUGCACAGCCACCGAGUGUGGAGGUGCGUCAGCCACCUAUAAUGUCUCGCGUGGCAUCCCCGCAUCCAGGAAACUGGGUAGCAGCUAUGCCGAUUGUACUUACGCAUGAGAAACUCGAUCAGCUCUGCAGCUUUACUUCGCCAGGGCCUUCACCUGUAGAGCGCUUUUUAGGUUGUGCAUUCAUGCGUAACUUUAUUCAACGGUACGAAGAAAGCGCACAGGGAAGAACGGUAACUGGCUUGAUUCCAGAUUCUGGCAUCGUUACAUUCCGGCUCGACCCUCUUGUCUAUCGGGUGUCUCUUAAUCCGUCAACAAUGCAGGCGUUACAUGUCAAAAUCUCACCAAUAGAUCCCAAUAAGGAACAGCUGUUUACUGUGGAUGAAAUUCAAGUUGUGGAACGUUACUUCGACGCAAAAGUGGCGUCCAUUCCCUACAAACCUAACGCGUUUAUAUCAUUCUAUCGGUUAAUGAGCUGCACACAGCGGGUCCUUCGUGACUUCAUCCAACUUAUGAGACUCGAAUUAUGUCCUCCACAAACUCCAAUGUUCCGCUGGAACUUCCAAUUAUGUCUGACGAUUCCACCGGCUGUGCCGCAGAUUGCACCUCCUGGCAUGACUUCGAUGUUAAUAGUGCGUAACAAGAUGCUUUUUUUCAUGCAGUUGUCGCCUGCAGGACCGCAAAACGACUCUUCAAAUGGCCAAAUUAAUCUACCAGGUCAGCCAUUACUUGUUAUACCGUUGGUUUACGACUUCCAGACAAAUUCGAUAACCAUUGCUGCCGAUCGUCGUAGCAACGGUGAAUUAAGCGGGCAGACCCUUCAAGCAAUGAAUAUCAUAAACCAGAUUUUACGUCAAGGCCCUGAAUAUCAGAACAAUGGCGAAUGUACCAUUUUUACUUCAAUACGUGACGUGCUUACUCAACUAGUUAUUAGUUAGGUGAUACAUGCGUUUUACCGCUAAUGUACGGCAAGUAAAAUGGUGGAACUGUAAAAGGUUGCUUACACAUAUAUUAAUAGGAAGUGAACAGCGGCCAAGUUAAUUAAUGGUGUCGGAACAUUGCAGCGCAUACGGCGAACAAAAACAUAAAUAUCAUUUUUGAACAAAAGCACUGCCAAAUUGUAUGCAGGCCUCUUAAGAAUUUGUUUUCCCCUGGCAUUAUGUUCCUACAUGUAGAUAGGUCAGCCAAAUGGAGUCUUUUGCCCUUCUCUUUAAGUUUAUUGUACAAAGAAACAUGCUGCAUAUAUAUAACGCGUAAAACCCUAGACAGUUGCUAGGUAAUAAAUAUCACUGUAUUAUUCAGAGAAUUAGGCUUUACCCUUGUAAAUAGAGCUCAGUCCUGAUAGAAGUGAAGCGUAAAAUUCAACAUUACAAACAGAUGUAAAUUCAAUAGUAAAAAUGGAGUAAUAUAUUACUGACGAACGACUUCUGAUAUGUAGUCAGCUCGGUAAGCCAGGUUAAUGGCGCCUUUAUAUUCGUGUGUUUUUAAUUUAACAUUUUAGUAUUUAAAGUUAUUUCUAAAAGAGACUUCUUUCUUACUUUACCGCUAUCCUUAAAUCCCGCUAUAGUAAAACUGCAGUUAUGCAUAGAUAUUACUAGGUUCAAAAUAAGAUGUACGGUAGUUACUUCGAAUCUUAUUCAUUGGCAUUAGUUCUUCUUUGAUCCUGAUUUCCAAACAAUAUUCGCAUGCAUAAUCACUAGAAAUACGUAUAUACUAAACAGUUUCUAUUUCGAGUCUAACUUCUCAAAAUUAAAGCGUCGUAAAACGUACAUAGUCCUUCGGCUCGCCUUUUAUAACAUUUCUAGGAUGUGUUUCAAGUACCUUAUAGGGCACAGUAAUUGUACCCAGAUCAUGAAUAAAGGUAUCCUAUGGAAACUGGGGGUGAAGACUGGUAAGUGCUCAGUUCGAGAAGGUUGUAUAUUUUUAAAUAAAAACCUACCGGUAACGGUGCUUUAGAAAAGUAAUAUAUCUUAAGUACACAAAAUAUUACAAAAAAAACUUGCAAGUAUUAAGUUCAGCUUACUCUCGUUUUGCGCUGUAAUGAAAUUGGAAUUUCAAAAAUUACUAUGGUGAACAAUAAUAAAAAAAAAAAUAUUCAUCUGAGUACGAUAAAAAUGAUGUUAUUAACGACAACAACCGUUGCCAGUAACAGCCUAUGAGCACGUUCAGAUUUAGGGUCACUUCUAUUUAAUGUUCUGUUACCAGCGCCAUCUCGCACGAGAUGGUGCUAAUGAUAAAGUGUGUUAUUUUUGCGAUUACUAUAAUCCCAUUUAAGCAUAAAAUAUUUCUGUAAUAUCAACAAUAGGUAUUAUUAUUAAUGUUAUAUUCUAAUCGACACUGUCUAAUUAUAUUAUUCGAACAGCUUCAGCUACUUGGUUGGGAUACAGCAGUGUACGAAAGUAACCUGUACUAUCUGGAAGAGUAUUUGGACAAUUUUGUUUUUAAUAAAUAAUUUUGAUACGCGUCGUUAUAGUUGGACAAUCUUAUAUAGCAUAAAAACAAGUUAAGCGUCACAAGCAUCACACACACAACACAAGUAUCACAAGCGAUUAUACGGUUUAGUCAAAAAAUUUUAAAUGUAAGAAUGUAGACAGCUGCUGAAUCUCUUGCGGCUUGUGAAUUGAAAGGUGCCACUCGUUGUAAAUAAACAUGUGGACAUAUAUAUAGCGAUACAUGUGUCUUUUUACUAACGAUCUUUAUCUAAAGACCGGUUAUAUAAACCUAUCCGUUUUAAAGCGACAGAAAACAAAAAUAAAAGAUUUGAUGGAAAUUGAUAGCUAUAUUACUUUGUUAUUAACAU